AGAUUGUUAUCUUUCUACGACGGUUGUCAAAAACAGUCGGCUCGUCACUCGAACUGGUUUCAUUCUUCCAGCUCUACUUACAACCAGUCAUCAUAUUUUACUGCCACAGAUCGACAGGGGAGAUUACGUGGUUUCGUCGUUUGAAAUUGCGUUCAUUGUGGCUUCUGAUGAAGAUGUGUAGGUAAUACUUUGAGAGCCCUGGAAGACACCAUGUCUGAAGAGGCACUUUCAGAAAGUGACCGCGAGCCCAGCCUUAACAGUGAGGAGGAGUAUUUUGAUGAUGAUGAGGAGGAAAAGGAAGAGGAUAUUGAGGACAUGGAGGACGAUGAGGAUGAAAACGACGGAGAUGAUGAAGAUGACAGUGUUGAUCGUCCCACCAGUGCCCAGGAUGGCAGGGACUCCACCUCAGCUACCUCUGGAGAACCCUCCUCUCAGCCUCCAUCUCGGCCUGCAUCCCGCCCAUCCUCUGGUGCGCCCUCCAGACCGCCCUCACGCUCUCAGCCUCCAAGCAGCCCACAGAGCCAGAACAAACCACCGUCCAGCAAACCCAAGAAACAAAAAGGCUCUAAAUUAACCAAAUCCUCCAAGUCCUCGAAAGGGUCUAAACCUUCUAAGCCAUCUAAGCCUUUACACAUGAGGAAAAAUAUCAGAAAACUGCUGAAAGAGGACCAGUUGGAGGCUGGGACGAAGGCUGCUCAACAGGAAGAGAUGGAGAGGCGCAAACGUCUGGAGCAGCAGAGAAAGGACUUUCCCACAUUAGCCCCAGCUGUCCCAGACUCUCAAUUAGUGGACACUGCUUCCAUUUUGGGAGAAGUAUCUCACUUGGUCCCUGCUCUUCUGAGUAAACAGGAUGUGAUCUGUUUGGACAGCAGUGGAGAAGAUGAAGAGGAAAAAGUGGAGCCCAAAUUGCCCGAGCUUGCCAUUAGAGAUGACAUAAUUGAGCUCAGUUCUGGGGAUGAGGGCACCCUGCAGAUAAGCAGCGAGUCGGCUGAUGACGACGCUGAUGACACAGAGGAGAGCAGCGGGGCACACAUCAACGAUGCUCUGAACCUGCCUGAUGCCCAGGGUCAAGUGCUGGUUAAUAUCAAUCACCCUGUCGAGGAAAAAGACAUUUAUCUUGCUCCACAGCUCGCCAGGGCUGUCAAACCCCACCAGGUCGGGGGAAUCCGGUUUCUCUACGAUAACCUCAUAGAGUCUCUGGAGCGUUAUAAAACCAGCAGUGGCUUUGGCUGCAUCCUUGCACACAGCAUGGGGUUGGGAAAAACACUGCAGGUCAUUUCCUUCAUUGACAUUCUUCUUAGGAAUACUGAGGCCCACACUGUGCUGACCAUUGUUCCAGUGAACACACUUCAGAACUGGCUGACGGAAUUUAACCUCUGGCUUCCACCUCAAGAAUCCCUCUCCCCGCACACCGAACCUAUACUCCUCAGUGGCCGCACCUUUAAAGUUCACAUCCUCAACGAUGAGCACAAAUCAACACUGGCCAGAGCUAAGGUUGUGGAGGACUGGUCCAGAGACGGAGGUGUGUUACUCAUGGGUUAUGAGAUGUACCGUCUGCUGUCCAUGAAGAAGAGCUUUGUUAUGGGCAAGAAAAGGAAAUCAAAGAAGCCUGCAGGACCAAUCAUCAUUGACCUGGACGAAGAAGACAGACAGCAGGAACUCAUGAAAGGUAUUGAAAGGGCCAUUGCACGGCCUGGCCCAGACGUGGUGAUCUGUGAUGAGGGCCAUCGCAUUAAGAACUACCAUGCCAGCACAUCGCAGGCCUUGAAGAACAUCCGCUCUCGGCGAAGAGUAGUUCUGACUGGUUACCCACUUCAGAACAACCUCAUCGAGUACUGGUGCAUGGUGGACUUUGUUCGGCCUGACUUUUUGGGCACACGGCAGGAGUUCAGCAAUAUGUUUGAGCGGCCCAUUCUGAACGGGCAGUGCGUGGACAGCACACCUCAAGAUGUCCGCCUCAUGCGCUACCGCAGCCAUGUUCUGCACAGCCUGCUGGAGGGUUUUGUCCAGAGGCGAGGUCAUGAUGUGCUGCGGGACCAGCUUCCCUCCAAAGACGAGCAUGUCAUCUUAGUGCGACUUUCUCCCAUUCAGAGAGCGCUGUACACCGAAUUUAUGACACGCUUCAGGGAAGCAGGAAACAGUGGCUGGCUCGGUCUGAACCCACUCAAAGCCUUCUGUGUGUGCUGCAAGAUCUGGAAUCACCCAGACGUCCUGUAUGAAGCUCUACAGAAGGAGAAUCAGGCCAAUGAGCAGGAUCUGGACCUGGAUGACAUCACUUCAGCUAGUAACCCCCGCUGUGCCGCACCUGGAGCUGGCCUCAAAUCCAAAGUAGCCGACUCCAGCAACAGCAAAGUUAACAUCGCCUUGCCGCCAAUCAAUCCAUCGCAAGAUAGAGCCAAUCAAGUCAUUACAUAUGAAUGGGCAAAAGACAUAAUGUCAAACUACCAAACGGGACUUCUCCAAAAUUCCGCUAAGAUGGUUCUGCUCUUUCAUUUAAUUGAUGAGAGUGUGAGAAGAAGAGACAAGAUGUUGGUGUUUAGUCAAAGCCUGUCCACGCUGUCUGUCAUUGAGGACUUCUUAUCAAAGAGACCCAUGCCACCUGAAGUCGCUUCAUCUGCCACCCAAAACCAGAACUGGGUUCGCAACCUCAACUACUACAGAUUGGAUGGGAGUACAUCGGCCACAGAAAGAGAACGACUAAUCAAUCAGUUUAAUGACCCAGAGAAUAACAACACAUGGGUCUUCCUACUUUCCACCAGAGCGGGCUGCUUGGGUGUAAAUUUAAUCGGAGCCAACCGCGUCGUUGUGUUCGAUGCCUCCUGGAACCCCUGUCACGACGCACAGGCAGUGUGUCGAGUCUACCGUUACGGUCAAAAGAAGCCGUGCUACAUUUACCGUCUUGUCUGUGAUUAUACCUUGGAGAAGAAAAUCUAUGAUAGACAGGUCUCCAAACAGGGCAUGUCAGAUCGUGUCGUUGACGACCUGAACCCAGUGCUGAACUUUACUCGGAAGGAAGUGGAGUCACUGCUGCACUUUGUGGAGGAGGAGCAUGGGAGUGAAAAAGUCUCUCUAGGACCUUUGAAGGAAUUUGAGACAGUGAUAUUUCAAGCCUGUCAACUGUACCCUUACCUCAUCACCAAGCUACCUUUCCAUCACGAGUCUCUGCUAGUGGACCGGAAGGAGUCGAAACUGACCAAAGCAGAGAAAAAAGCUGCCAAGAAGAGCUACGAGGAUGAGAAACGAGCCUCUGUGCCAUACUCUCGGCCGUCGUAUGCACCCUAUUAUCCAACCAGUGAUCAGAUGCUCGCCAACAUACCAGCAUUCAACCAACGGGGCUGGCGUCCCAUGGCAAGGCCGGAUGACAAGCCCGUAGCAAGUGUCAGGCCCAUUCUGUCAACCCCAAUCCCCAUGAUGCCCCGCCAGGUUGGCAUCGGCAUGGCUGGCUCCAGCUCGGUCAGCAGUCUGCCCGUCAACUUCCUGCAGAAAGCUGGAGUCUCUGUGCAGAGGAUUGUCACCUCCACUGAUAUUGUGAUCCCAGGAGCCAACAGCACAACAGAUGUUCAAGCUCGAAUUAGUGCAGGAGAGAGCAUCCAUGUUAUCCGAGGAUCCAAAGGCACCUACAUCAGGACAAAUGAUGGAAGAAUAUUUGCCAUUCGAUCAGGAAAAAUUAGUAGACCAGUAGUUGGGAGCUCUGCUUCUUCAAGAGACACCCAAGGUUCCCUGAUCCACCCAGUCAGUAAUGGCUGCUCCUCCCCUGUGGACCAACAGCAGCGCUCCCCCGACGGGGAGCAGCGUCCCUCUUCUCCUUUGAGCUCCGAGAUACUCAGAGAAUUCGGCCGCUACACUUCAUCCACGGGCGACGCGGCCGCUAAUCUGGGGAACGAAAUGCCAUCGCCGCCAGUCAUGUCGGCUAUGCCGUCCGGGGAAGACGACGGCAGCAGCCCGCACAGCAGUCACACGGGCGAUCUCGGCGGGCAACUCGGCGACAGCCUCCUAAGUUCAGCAUUUGAGAUGCACGGCACCAAACGCAAAGGCACUGAAAGCCAGGGAAGCACACAGAUGGGAAGCAAACGCUCCUCCACUGGCGCACGUUUCUCCGGACUGUCCAUGGGCUCUGGUGGGCUCAGUUAUCCUCCUGUGGGUUUGAACUCUUCCUCCCUAAUGAGCAACCUAGGCCACAUGAGUCACCCACUUCUGAUGGGCGGCAGCAGUGGGUCAUCAUUCCUUCAGACACCAGGGCAAACCCUGGCUGACCUCCAGACUAUGUUCCCCUCUGCAGGCUCAGACCUUCUGAGACAGUCGGGGAACGGACACCUUCCCACUUCUUCCUCAUCCUCUCUGUCCACCGUCCACUCUGCCUCCACCCCGGUUUCCAUGUCAUCCGCACCUACUGCAGCGACCUCUUCCUCACUGACACCAGGAUCUCUGCCUCCAUACUUAAUGAACCCCAACAUGGCUGGGCUGCUCACGUCGGGCUUUCCUCUCAGUUACAGUCAGUCGCUACUUUCUGAGCCGAGGAUGUUCAGCACCCCUCUCCUCUCUGGGUCAGGGGGAUUCUCUGUACCUAACUCCACCUCUACUACACCCAGCUUCCUCUCCCAUUACAACAAUCCCACCUCCAGCCUAUUGGGGGCAGCUCUUAUCCAACAGGACAGACACCAGAGCACCGAGAAUGGUGGAAGUAGCUCCGAUGACGAUGUUAUCGAGGUGACAGGACAGUAGUGACUCUAGAAAUCACGGAGAGGCAGCUUCUCACACACACACACACACACACACAAUCUGGUCGUCAUGUUUAACAAGUACAUCAGGGAUGGAAAACGGUUACACAUUUACAUGACUAAGUUAAGUGACGUUAAGUUACAGUUAGCCAUAAAUGGAUUAAUGUUGACCAGAUAUUCUAUUACAUUUCAGAUAAAAAAUGAAACACUUUUAUGAAAAAGUCAGUCUUGUAAACUCUUAUGAAAUCAAAUUAGGCAAAAGCUGUGAAAUUGUUCCAUGGUCAUAUGGUUCUUUGAAGGUCACAUACACACACACACACACAGUAACUCUUGUCUACAAGUAAGAGCAUUGUUAUGUGUGUCUAACCUUAAUGACUCGACACAAAGUCGGAGAGGAACAAAAUCCGAAUGCUGAAUAUUCCAGACUUCACCUAGAGCGUCAGAGCAGCGGAAACGGACAAGAGUUUGUCAUACAGGGACCAGCUAAAGUUCUGAGAGGCUUUUCCUUUGUAAGCAACGCCUCACUGUGCAGUUAUUUUUCUUUCUUUAUAGAAUUCAGAUGGAAUAACUUGAUUGAAACUGCAUUUGUUGGAUUUUCUCCUGGUGUAUUACUGUUUAAGCAUUUAAGUGUAUGCAAAUUUGACUGUCGUCUGUCGUUUACACAAAUUGACUAAUUUUACAUGGCCUUUUUGUAGGAAUCGCAAUUGAAAAGCUACAAACCACAGUAAGAGGCUUCAAAACAAGGAUUUGAUAUCUGCCAAAAGUCCACUCAAUAUAUUUGGAGAAAAUCCUCCAGGGUUUACCCUUAACAGAAAUUCUAGGCUUUCAGAACGUACUUUAGUCUUUAGCAAUUUGGUAGACAUUGUGGCAUCCCCUGUUGAAAUGUUACUGCGUGUGAUACUAUAACUGAACAUGUUGAUAUUUUGUAAAUAGUAGUCAUAAUCAUUGUUUAUAUUGCAAGUCAAAACUGUGCAGUGUGUAGAUUUUGGUCCUAGGGAGAAAGUUUCAUAUCGCAGUGACGCUCAUGACGAUACAAGCGCCCCGCAACAAACGCGGGGGCAAACAAAUUUCUGUUGGAGUUUAUAAUUUUUUUAAAAAAACAAAAGUGAAUGUACUUUCAUGUUAGCCUUUGAUAACACAGAGGCCGGGACAUGGAUUCAGACUGUGUUCUUCAUUUUUUAGCCUUAAUAUCACAAAGGGGUCUUUUCGCAUUACAAGUCCAUUGGAAGAACUACUGAGCAUUUAAGACAGUCGACGUCAAACUCAAAACACAAGACUAGGGCAGAUUCAGCAUUUUGACAAAAAAAGGCACCAUGUGUGAAAAGUCUAAAAGGAGCACAAACAUAACAACGUUACUAACGCAUCCACACAAAGCUCGUCGCUGCUGCUUUUUUGCUGCAGUUUUUACUGAGGUGUCCUCACCACCUGUUGACAUAUCUUUGUUGAGUUCCAACCAUGUGCUCUGUUUGUUUCCUUCUGGAUCAUUCUCCGAAACUUCUAAGAACAAGUGGUACCUAAACUGUAGAAACCAUUGCAUUUGUGCAGCCCGAGUUUGUGUACAAACUUCAAGUCAACGUAUCCAUCAACCAUCAAAUUGGACCACAACCACCAGUGACAUUGGCUGAACUGUGCCGGGGUGGUGUGGUGGCCUUACCAAACUGACUGUGCCAUUAUACCGUAGCUUUUCACCCACAUGCGGUGCAGUGUACGUAGAUGCUGUAGUGUGCUGUAGGGAGUCGAGGGAGUCUUUGCUGUUCUCUGUAGCCUUGUGUUUUCGUGUUGUGAUGACACCUCAAGGUAUUUAGAUCUUAGAUUUUAGAACGGUUGCUUUCCUCUGUUGGUAAAAUAGGCUACAUGCAGCAGUUGUUAGCCUUUAGAAAACACUGGAGACAACAGAUCAUUCCAGUCAUUUCAUAUGAAGGCACAUUUUUGUACAAAUGUUUUCUUGUGGGCCUUUUUGCCCCCACAGUCUGAGUACUGUUCACUUUUUUUUGUUUCAUUUGUUACUGGUUCUAGAUGCUUCAGUUAUAUCGUCACCGAUGUCUCCAGUUUUGUUUAGCAUGCGUCAGAACCUCUGUGAUUCAGUUCGUUUCAGAUUUGAAGGUGGAGCUGAUAACUUUGACAGAGAAUCAUGCUUUUAAAGGACACUGACACAAUGUCUCUCAAUCCGUUGGAAACUUGUGACAUUUAGGUUCGGGACUCAUCAGAACAUUGAAAGAAAUCCUAUUUUCCAUCCUUCUCAGUUAUGUUCAUUUUUCAUGUUUAAUGGGAAUAUUUAAUUUUUGUAUGUUUUUUUUAUAACUUCUUGUUGGUGUUUACUCACCUGGCAAUUAUGUCCCUAAUUUCAGUGUAAGUCUGAAAUGUAUUUAUUUGUGUAAAAUAUAUUGUUUCUUUUGUAAUUCCUUACUUUUUUUUUUUAGACAUUUGUUCUCUUUGACUCGUUGACAUCUGAUCCAGUAAGAAUUUCGUACAUGCAGCCUAGAGCAAAGCAAACAUGACUGUGUUAUCAAUGUUAUUUUAACAAUAAAACACAAUUGCGGUGUGA